UUUGCAUCCCUAAUUUACCGGCGGCGCUGCACUACUUGUGCAUUUGUUUUGCAAAUUUGCAGCAAGUUGGUUGGGUUUCUUUGUUAAAAUAUAAAUUUUUUCAACUGAAAGACAUGAAAUCUGCAACUCAUGUUGCCCUCUUCGCCAUUUUGGCGACGUUGGCACUAUUUGUAACAGCCGAUGCAAAGAAGUCUCGCAAAUUGAAGUAUGCAAGAAGUUUUAUCAAUCCAUAUCCACGCUUUGAAGAAUAUAACGAUGGUGGCGAUCCUGGCGAACCACUAUUCCUUACGCCUCUUAUCAAUGACGAUAAGAUACCAAAAGAACAGGUACGACAAAAAGCUCUCGUACUUGGCAGUCAGUUCCAUAAGGUAGAGAGCUAUGCUGGGUAUUUAACGGUUGAUGCAGCUCGCAAGUCGAAUAUGUUCUUCUGGUAUUUCCCCGCUGAGCAGGAUCCCUCCUAUGCGCCAGUAGUUUUAUGGUUACAAGGUGGGCCGGGCGCGUCUUCGUUGUUUGGUUUGUUUGCAGAAAAUGGGCCAUUUGAGUUUGACUCCCACGGUCAUUUGCAAAAGCGCAAUUACACAUGGAGUAGCACACACAAUCUUAUAUACAUUGACAACCCAGUUGGUACGGGUUUCAGCUUCACCGGAAGCGAUGAUGGCUACGCACGAAAUGAAAAAGAUGUCGGACGCAAUCUUCAUGAGGCAGUGAUGCAAUUAUACGAACUCUUUGAAUGGAGAAAUUCGACCGGUUUCUGGAUAACCGGUGAAUCCUAUGCCGGUAAAUACGUACCAGCUUUGGCGUAUCACAUUCAUUUGGCACAAAAUGCCAUUGAUACACGUAUGUACAUUCCGCUAAAAGGUUUAGCUAUAGGCAAUGGACUUUCUGAUCCUUUACAUCAGCUCAAAUAUGGUGAUUACUUAUAUCAAUUGGGCUUAAUCGACGAUCAUGGCUUGAAAGAGUUCCAUAUUCAAGAAGAGAAGGGCAAAAAAUGCAUUGAACAGCAUGAUAUGGAAUGCGCAUUUGAAGUAUUCGACGGUCUUGUCAAUGGCGAUCUUACAAAUGGUUCAAUUUUUCACAACCUUACUGGUUAUAAUUUCUAUUACAACUAUUUGAAGACCGAUAGUGACGAACCAUCUGAAGUACUUGGCAAUUUUAUUCAAUCGUCAGUAACUCGGCGGGCAAUUCACGUCGGUAACAUGACAUUCCACGAUCUAGACAAAGAGAAUAAAGUGGAAAAGUUUUUGAAAAAGGAUGUUAUGGAUACUGUAGCACCAUGGAUAGCGGAACUUUUAAAUGAUUACAUUGUUUGCAUAUAUAGUGGUCAGUUAGAUAUAAUUGUCGCCUAUCCUUUGACACGCAACUACUUGAAGCAUUUGAAGUUUGCUGAUGCUGAUAAAUACAAAAUAGCGGAGCGGCAAAUUUGGCGCGUGGAAGGAGAAAUAGCCGGAUAUGCCAAACACGCUGGUCACUUAAUUGAAAUUUUGGUUCGCAACGCUGGGCAUAUGGCGCCUGGUGACCAACCUAAAUGGUUGCAAUGGAUGAUUCACCAUUUGACUCACUACAAAAAAGUGGUAUAAACAUGUAGUCCAGUAACUGAUAGUAGAGCAAUCGCACCACUACUACUCGUUUUUCUCAAAUACCUACAUACAUAUUUUUUAUAAAUAAUAAUAGAACUUUAUUGAUUGUACGAACUUAAUACAACCAAAGAAUUCAUGUUGUUAUUAAAGAUAAAUUAAAUAAAGGGAGUUUACCUAUAUAUGUAUAUAU